AUGAAGAGAAACGACGAACGGCAUUCAUAUUGGGCGCAAGAUCGGAGCAUGUGCGCAUGUUGUCCCGCAGAGGUAUGCGUGCCAAUGUUCGGAGUCCACUGCGCACCCGCUCCGGAGUCUGCGCUCAACUCCCGGAGCCUAUGCGCAACGUCCGUGGCCGCGGAGCGAUGUUAUUGUACCGCUACAGACCGGUAUGCUGCGGAGUUCCUGUUUGCAUUAUGGUGCAAGCGUUUGAGAAAAAUCAAGCUAGCAGGAUGA